GAUAAAAUUAAAAAGGCUAGAAAAAUGGUUGAUAUUUUUGGUCCUAUAGGUCCAUUUAGAAUUCACUACAUUCGUUCAUUUUCUGUAGACCAGCUCUCAUAUUUUAAAGAAGACAAUAUCAACUUCAUAAAAGCAAAAUUACCAAACCCUGGAACGUCAUGA